AUGAAAGUCCUCACUUUGGAAACGGUCGCGCUCCUGAUCGCAUCGGCGGCCUGCCAGUCAUCAUGUCCCUCGCUCCCAGGAGACAUCAAGAUGGGCACGCCCGUCCCGAUCAAUCCGGCCGAUAUCCCCGCCGGAUGCUCCGACCUGGAAAUCCUCGUCGCGCGAGGAACCAGUGAACCGAACGCUGAAGGAGGGAAGUUCGGCAUCGUGGUUGGCGACCCUAUCGUCACCAACACCACGCUGGUCCUCCCAGGAGCGAGGGGAUAUCCCUAUCCAGCCAGUUACGACCUCACAGGUGUCCGCACCGGUGCCACCGACGUUAACAACCGACUGAAGGCCCAAAGCAAAGCCUGCCCGGACCAGAAGUUCGCGCUGGUCGGCUACUCCCAAGGCGCGGCGCUCAUGCACGCGGCGGCGAAAGACAUCCCACGCGACCUCUAUCCGAAGAUCGUCGCCCUCGUCAUGACCGGCGAUCCCGCCCAUAAAAGCUCGUCCACGAGCACGUUUCCCGCCGGGUUGGCUGAGAAGGAGCUGAAUCUCUGCGCUGAAGGAGACCCGGUAAGACUCAUGUCGCGCGAAGGAGGCGGACUGUGCUAACCGACAAAUAGGUGUGCGGACCCGGCGAUUGUUUCUUUAACCAUCUGGCCUAUAUCCGAACGGAAUGGGUACAGCAAGCAGUCAAGCAUAUUGUCGGCCAAUACAAUGCUUCGACAACUUUAAAAUGUUGAGUGAGAGGUUCAUCUGUACAGACGAAAACGGACCAGAGCGAGAGGAUAUUGGCUUGAGUUAGUCAACAAUGCAAUGAGAACGAUGUAAACCAUUGGAAUUCAUGCAAGUCAAUCCGAAGAAUGUCGCCGUUCUUUCAUGUGUCGGCCUCGUUCAUCGACCCCAAACCCUACGGGAUAGGCAUGAAUAAUGCAUAGACAGUCCGAGUUAUACGGUAACUUUGUAACGUAUUCCACAA